ACAAACAAACAAGAAUGUCGUGGCAAACUUACGUUGAUGAGCACUUGAUGUGCGAAAUCGAGAACGGCCACCAUUCGUCCUCCGCCGCUAUUCUUGGUCUCGAUGGCAGUGUUUGGGCCCAGAGCUCGGCUUUUCCUCAGUUUAAGCCAGAGGAGAUUAAGGCGAUCCUGAGAGAUUUUGAUGAACCAGGAUCUCUGGCACCAACUGGGCUGCACCUUGGUGGCGCCAAGUACAUGGUGAUCCAGGGAGAGCCUGGAGCCAUGGUUCGUGGGAAGAAGGGAACCGGCGGCGUGACUGUGAAGAAAACAGGGCAAGCAUUGAUUUUUGGGUUAUACGACGAACCGGUGACUCCAGGACAGUGUAACAUGGUGGUUGAGAGGUUGAGUGAUUACCUCGUUGAUCAGGGUAUGUAGGCCUUAAACCUCCCCUCCCCUCCCCAAGUUUUUAAAUUCCCUUGAUUUUGGGGUUUGCAUCUUUUAUCUUCCAUGACCAUGAACUGGCUUUGAAGUUCAUUUUUUUU